AUGGGUUAUACAAUUAAACAAAAGAUUGAAAUAUGUUUAAAAGCUGAUUCGAAUCCAAAUAUGACUCAACUGGAUUUGGCAAAUUGGGCUAUGAAAGAAUUUGGAUCAGAAAAACCCCCCUCCCAAACUACGAUUUCUCGAAUUUUAAGUAGUAAAAAUGAUAUAAUUGCAAGUAAAGAUUCAGAUUUUCAAUUAGUUAGAAGAAGAAAACAAGCAAAUCCAAUGCUUAGAAAAAUAUUAACUGAAUGGAUAACUCAAGCAAUUUGGGAAAAUAUUCCAAUUACAACACCUAUUAUACAAUCAACUGCAAAUGCUAUUUGGACAAGACUACCUAAAAAUGAGACGGAUGGUAAUGGAGUUUUCAAUCAGAAAUGGGGUAGUCAUUUUAUUAAAAAGCUAAAUAUAAAUAUUACCGGGAACGACGAAGAUAUUCGCAAUAAUUGGGGUUUUAAAUUGAAUAAAGUUUGGAAGUUAGAUGAGAAAAUUGAGUUGAAGCAGUAUUUAAACAGUUUAAUUGUUCAGGAAGGUUAUUUACCACAGGAUAUUUUUGUAAUUGAUGAAUUUCAAUUGUUUUAUUCACUACCAUUAGAUCAAAUUUUUGAUGUUUCAUCAAUUGACGUGGGUUUACAACAAUCUUCACAAAACACAGAAUACUCAUUAACUAUAUUAUUAGGAUGUAACAUAGAUGGUAGUGAGAAAUUAUCACCUUUGAUAGUUGGUAAAUAUGAUAAAUUUGAUAUUUCAAAAUCUUCAAAUUCAAUUUUUCAAAAUUUAUCAAAUGACUUGAGUCAACAACAGUUAAUGAACAAACUAACAGAAGCUUAUAACAUAAUUUACAAAUCUAAUAUCAACAAAUGGAUAACGUCGUCAAUUUUCCAAAAUUAUUUAAUUACAUUAGAUCACAAAUUGAAAAAUUCUUCAAGAAAAUUGUUAAUAUUACUUGAUGAUUCAUCAUCCCACAGAAUAAUAAACUUGAAAUUUAAUAAUUUAAAAUUGAUUUAUUUUAAGAAUGAAACAAAUCAUAAAAAUCCAUACAAUACAAACUAUUCAGGUGUGAAAUUUGAUUAUUUGCCAAUGAAUUUUGGUAUUAUUGAGGAGUUCAAGAUCUUAUAUAGAUUACAGCAAUAUUUAGAGAUGAUAAAUUUACAAAGGAAUAACUCAAGAAAGAGCAAAAUUGAUAGUAACAAUUUUGAGUUUAAAGUUCAUGAUGUUUCACCUUCAUUAGAAGUUUUAUCAGAGACUGAUUAUCAUAUACCAAUGAUUAAAGUGAUUGAAUGGAUAACAAGAGCAUGGCAUUCGUUAACUCAAGAGCGAAUAUUUCACUCCUGGAAAAGAACAAAUUUAUUUAACUUAAAAAUUUGGGAAAAUAAUGAUUCAAUUAUAAAAUUAAAUGGAUCUUUACAAAGUUUUGAUGAGAUGAAAAGUUAUAGAAAAUUAAAAGAAGUAAUGAGUUACUUGAAUGUUGUCAUACCGUGGGAAAUUGAUGAAUUAAUUGGGUUAGUAAAUGAAAGAGGAAAAGUUACAUUGAAUUAUGCAUCAAUUGAGGAAAUAAUAGGUAGUUGUUUACUGGAGUUGAAUGAGACUGAUGAAUUAGAUAAUGAAAAUGACUUUGACGAAGAGCAUGAAGAUGAUCAUGAUCAUGAUGUGGAUCAAGGUGAUGAACAACAACAAUGGAUAAAUGAGUUAAAUUCAAUAAAUUCACUAAACAACAAGCAUAAAUUAUCUAGCAAUGAUCAAUGGAAUAACAAUAAGAAGAAGAUCCAUUUACUGCCUACAUUAUCAACUCUAUCCACUGCCACACCAAUCAAUAAUGUAUUUGACUAUUCAUUAAAUUUACAAAAUCAAUAUCCAACACCAAAUCAAACUACAGCAACUACAUUAAAUUCAAAUACAACAAAUCAAUUUCAAUAUUUUAACGAUCAAGAUAUGAUUAAGGUGUUAUCGAGAGUUUUGGAAUAUUCAUCAAAUAAUAUUUUGAAAUUAUCACAGAGUACAAUUGAUGAUUUAACGUAUAAUUUACGCAUAGUUCAACAAAGAAAUCGACAAUGA